AUGGACGAAUCCGCCAACAAAGGGAAGAAAUUGAAGGUGAUCAAAAAGAAAAGGGGGAUGAAAUUGAAGCGUUGUAGUGCAUCCAUUCCAGAACCAAAAGCCAGUGGCAUUGGGAGAACAUCCUUUGAUGCACGUGACGAUGGUUGGUUUUCAGCCAUUCCAAAACCAAAAUAUUCCGCAGAGUAUGAGGCUUUGAUCAGGACCAAGUUAGCCGACAAGUUAGCCAAGGAACGUGAUGCAGCCAUUCAAGAACCAAAAGCAAGCGACAUUGGGAGGAUAUCCGUUAUGGGAUUUGAGGGUCAUGAUCGUGAGGGUGUGAAGAGUGCGUUGAGAGAACAUUUCGCUUCAUGUGGAAAGAUCAGCGAUGUUUACAUUAAUUUAAAGACAAAAAACCCGAUAGUCGCUCAUAUAUAUUUUGUGGGAGAGGGAGCAGUAGAAAAGGCCUUGAAACUUAAUGGAAGUGAAGUUGCUGGAGGAUGGAAAGUCUCCGCUAAGCCUUAUCCGUUUUAUGACGACAACCCUAUCUUAGUAAAAAUCCGUGGAUAUGAAGACACUUGGCUUAGUGAUGGUGAGCUGGAGGUCGCAGUGAGGGAGUUUUUCUCGUCAUGUGGAGAGGUCAAGCAAGUUGUGGUCCACAAGGAAAACGGGGGGUUCUGUUGUGUGGAUAUCAAGGGAAUUGACGCAGCAGAGAAGGUGCCCGAACUUGAUGGCAGCUUCUUUGGAAGAAACAAAGCAGUUGUUCGUGUUCUUACUUUACCACCAAGACAUAGCACCCACAACCGUGCUCGUAAUUAUGGCCCCAGGAAUUUAGGUUUGCUGGCUGCGAAUCAUACGGCUGCGGAGACUGCCGAGUAG